UUAUAAAUUUCUAAGACUUAUUUAUUUACCAGGCUAGCAGCGAACACCCUCUGGCUAAGGCAAUUCUUGAAUAUGCCCGCCAUUUCCAUUUUCUUGACGUACCUUAUGCUACCAAGGAUGGUCAAAGCAACAGGAUGGAGUCUAAUUUCUCUGGCUGGCUUCUUGACGUCUCGGAUUUCACUGCUGUGCCUGGAAGAGGUGUGCACUGCUUUAUAGAUGGAAAACAGAUUUUGGUUGGUAAUCGAAAGUUGCUGACUGAAAAUCGAGUGGAUAUACCAAGCCAUGUGGAGGAAUUUGUUGUAGAUUUGGAAGAAAGUGCCAGGACUGGAAUACUUGUGGCAUAUGAUAAAAAUCUAAUUGGUGUUCUUGGGGUGGCAGAUCCAUUGAAGAGGGAAGCUGCUGUUGUAGUAGAGGGUCUCAUGAAAAUUGGUGUGAAUCCUAUUAUGGUUACCGGUGAUAAUUGGAGAACUGCUCAGGCUGUUGCUAAGGAGGUAUAUACCUUCUUUCCCUUCUUUUGUCGUAAUUGUGGUUUUUCCUGACCAGAAAAAUGAGAGAGGAAGAGAAGGG